GCUUUGGCAUUUUGUAUUUUUCGGGACGGAUAACGUUGCCGGGUUAUAAACAGAUUUAUUUUACAUAUCCACAUUCUUGUGAGAGCAUUGUUAAACCGACUUGCGAUACGCUCGUAGAAUUCGACCCUACAUAACAAUAUUUGCACUAUUAACUUUGCUAGUUUAAGAAAUCAAUGUAAUUAGGCAUAAACAUGUCUAUGUCAAUUAAUACCCUAAAUCAGUACAUUCAGUACGUUGAACGAGCAUUUAGGACUGCACAGGGGGAUGUCCUAGCAAGACUGUUCUCAUUGCGAGACGAGCAUGUGGGGAACAGAAGUCUACGGUCUAGCGACAUUGCGUCGCUGGUGGAUGGUAACUGCGUGGCUCCGCUGGACGAUAUCGUCAUAGCUCACUUGUUGUGUGUCAGAGCUCUUUUCAUGAAAGACUACAUGGAGGCGUUCAACUAUCAAAGCUCUUGUGUGGCAUCUGUGGUGCGUCUGCUACAGAACCAGAAGGAAGAGAACUGGAGUUUGCCACUCAUGUACACUGUCUGCUUGGACCUGCGCCUGGUGGCUCAGAAGGCUGAGGGAGCUAAUAUGCAAAGUAAUGGCAAAAUUAUGGAAAAGGCAGCAGAGAGCUUACUAGCAUGCUUCAGGGUCUGUGCCGCAGACAACAGAUCUUCUGACGAGGACACCAAAAGGUUGGGCAUGUUAAACCUUGUGAACCAACUCCUUAAAGUCUACUUUCGAAUAAACAAGUUACACUUAUGCAAGCCGCUGAUUAGAGCCAUAGAUUCGUCACCGUUCAAAGACCAGUUUCCACUCGCUCAACAGAUCACAUACAGGUAUUUUGUAGGCCGUAAAGCAAUGUUUGACUCUGACUACCGCUCGGCUGAUGAAUUCUUGUCAUUCGCAUUUCAAAAGUGCCACUACAAAAGCAGCAGAAACAAAAGACUGAUAUUAACUUACUUAGUACCCGUGAAGAUGCUACUAGGCUUCAUGCCAGCCAGAGAUCUACUACAGAAAUAUGACUUAAUGCAGUUUUGGGAUUUAGUAUCAGCUGUCAAAAACGGAGAUCUAAGAGGCAUAGACAGAGUAAUGGAGGAACAUGAGACAUUCUUUAUUAGAGCUGGUAUUUACUUGAUUGUAGAGAAAUUGAAGAUUACGGCGUAUAGGAAUUUGUUUAGGAAAGUUUUCUUGGCGGAGGGUACGCAUCAGAUUGACAUAGCAAGCUUCCAAGCGGCUCUACAGUUGAUGGGACAGCAUGACGUUGAUGCCGAUGAGACGCAAUGUAUUGUUGCCAACAUGAUAUAUGAUGGGAAGAUUAAAGGAUACAUUUCAUACCAGCACAAGAAAGUGGUGGUGAGUAAGGCAAAUGCGUUUCCUCCGCUUUCAAGUCUUUACUAAUAUUAUAGUUUUACGCAAUGUGUAUUUAUGACUGUUUUUUAAGAAUAAAUUCAAUAAACAUA